AGGAGAAAGGAGAGUCACUGAGUCACAUGCUUUGGUGCUUCUCCGACGCCAUAAUCAUCUCCACCCAACUCUCUCAUCCGCUCUUAUCUCUCACGCAACACUCAUGUUACUAUAACACUAACACCACUUUUGAUGCAAUUCUGUGCAUUGUUUGACUCAUCCACAUGGCAAUUCCGACCUCUCUUUCCCUUCUCCCCGUUUCCCUCUCUAUUCAUCCGAAGCCCCUUCUUCACAAUCACAAUCACAAUCCUCCCACUCCCAAUCGCAUUAGGGCUCAAUUUCAAAAUGGGGUGAGCUUAUCGCCCGGCCAGGAUUUACCAUCCGACUACGAGACCUGGAUGCCCAAGCGCGAUGCCAAGACUCGCCGGAGGGCAGGCAUUCUGCUCCACCCGACGUCGUUUCCCGGCCCUUUCGGCAUUGGCGAUCUCGGCCCCCAAGCAUUCCACUUCCUCGACUGGCUUCACCACGCCGGCUGCUCUGUUUGGCAGGUUCUGCCUCUUGUUCCUCCUGGGAGGCGGGCUAAUGAAGAGGGAUCUCCAUACUCAGGACAGGAUGCUAAUUGUGGUAACACACUUCUGAUUUCCCUCGAGGAGCUUGUGAAAGAUGGUCUACUGUCAAAGGAAGAUCUACCCAAACCAUUAGAUACGUAUCGUGUAAAUUACACAGCUGUGGCUGAUGUCAAGGAUCCUUUGGUGGCUGAGGCUGCAAAGAGGCUUAUAUCAAGUGAGGGAGAGCUAAAGAAUCAACUUAAUGAAUUCCGCAAAGAUCCGAGUAUUGCAGGUUGGCUUGAGGAUGCAGCAUACUUUGCUGCUGUGGAUGAUGCUAUGAACACAUCUAGUUGGUAUGAGUGGCCUGAACCCUUAAAACAACGGCAUGUGGCAGCUCUGGAAGAAAUCUAUCAAAGCAAAAAGGAAUUUAUAGACAUUUUCAUUGCUCAACAAUUCUUGUUCCAAAGGCAAUGGCAGAAAGUCCGUGAUUAUGCUCAGAUGAAAGGAAUAAGUAUAAUGGGAGAUAUGCCCAUAUAUGUAGGUUAUCAUAGUGCAGAUGUAUGGGCUAACAAGAAACAAUUUUUGCUGAAUCGAAGUGGCUUUCCUCUUCUUGUUAGUGGUGUUCCCCCUGAUGCUUUCAGCGAAACGGGUCAGCUUUGGAACAGCCCUUUAUAUGAUUGGCAAGCUAUGGAAAGAGAUGGAUUUUCAUGGUGGACAAGGCGUUUAAGACGGGCUCAGAAUUUGUUUGAUGAAUUCCGGAUUGAUCACUUCAGAGGAUUUUCUGGAUUUUGGGCUGUUCCUUCUGAAGCGAAAGUUGCUACAGUAGGCCGAUGGAAGGUUGGACCUGGAAAGUCUCUCUUUGAGGCCAUCUUCAGAGAGGUUGGAGAGAUCAAUAUUAUAGCAGAAGACUUGGGUGUGAUUACUGAAGAUGUGGUUGCGCUUAGGAGAUCCAUCAGAGCACCUGGCAUGGCUGUUCUCCAGUUUGGCUUUGGAAGUGAUGCUGAAAAUCCCCAUUUACCUCACAAUCAUGAAGAAAAUCAAGUGGUGUACACUGGCACUCAUGACAAUGACACGAUUCAAGGAUGGUGGGAUGUCUUGCCAGAAGAAGAGAAAUCUAAUGUGGUCAAGUAUCUUGGUAAUAUAGUUGAAGAAGAUGUCUCAUGGGGGAUAAUCAAGGCAGCACUUUCUUCAGUUUCACAAACUACUAUUAUACCAAUGCAGGAUAUACUGAAAUUGGGUAGUUCAGCUAGAAUGAAUACUCCAGCCACUCAGUUUGGAAACUGGAGUUGGAGGGUACCACAGUCCACGAGCUUUGAUAGCAUGUCGUCUGAAGCAAAGAGACUUAGAGAGAUGCUUUUGUUGUACGGGCGGAUGUAAAACUGUAUAGAUUGAAGACAGGUGGUUGCCGAUUCUAUAUCUGCCACAACAGCUUCAAAACUAGUGAACGUCAGUAAACUCCUCUUCCGUGACGACAUAAUUUAUCGUAAAAAGAAGCCCGUUGAGCCAGGUAUCUCGUUAUUCAAGCCUUGGCACACAAAAAUAUGGGAAGCUAGAACUCUUUCUACUAGUUUUCUGUAGAAUGUAACUCGUGUAAUCACAUCUUUGUUUAAUUAAAAUUUCGUGCCUGAGCAAAUCCGAUGGUUUAAUUAUGCGUGAAUCACAUUGUCAAGAUUCUCUCUCACAAUUAUAUAUGGCAUGAAUUUCUCUCUCA